AUGCUAAAGAAUAUUGGAGUUGGUUAUAAUCAAAUUACCAUAUUCUAUCAGAGAAUAGGUAAUGGAUGGAGAGCUUUGGAAAAUGAUCAACAUGCUAUGGACUUGAUAAAAUGGGUUGACAAGGUUAAAGUGAUUGAUGUAUAUAUGGAACAUAUUAGGCAAGAAUUGUUCAAUCAUAGUCAAGCAGAUUCAAAUUGUGGUCCAUCAGAAAAAAGAUUUGGGAGCCAAAAUAUACAUGUGUUUGAACAGGAAACCAAUUUAUGGGGUCCUAGGGUUCCCACUGAGAGUUAUAGGUCCUCUGAAAGUGAUGUUUUUGAUAGUGAUUCAUAUUCCAAGGGUUCAGAUUCUAAGUUUGAAGAUAUGUAUGAUAGUGUAUAUGAUGAAUAUUUGCAUGAGACAAUUGUUGAGAGUGACAAAGGUGAAAGGUUUGACAAACCAAAAAGGAAAGGGGUUCAGAUUGAGAUAGAGACAACACAAGAGCAUGAAUGUGGCGUAGGAGGUGAAGAUUGUGAAUCUGAUGAGUUACGAAGUUUAAGUGGCUCAUUAUCCGAUAAUGAUGAAACAAGGCAUCAGAGGAAGAAGUAUUCACAAUUUAAUGCUAAGAGUGACAUGGUUGAUCCACAUUUUAAGCUUGGGAUGUUGUUCAAAAAUUCAGUUGAGUUUAGAGCGGCAGUGAGGCAACAUGCAAUUAAAUGGGGGAAAAAAUACGGUUUUCUAAGAAUGAGAGGUAUAGAAUCAGAGCAAUAUGUAGGCCAGGGUGUGAUUGGAUGA